AUGAAGGAGAAGNAAGGCCGAGGAAACGAUGAUAAAGAUGAUGAUAGUGAUCAUCAAAAGGCCUUCGGCAAAGUGUUGGUGGGGUGGCCGCCGAUCAAAAGGAGCGGCAGCGGGGGCGGCAGCGCAAGGGCAGCGAUUUUUGUGAAAGUUAAGAUGGAAGGGGUGGCCAUCGGGAGGAAGGUGGAUCUCUCCCUUUGCAACUCCUAUGAAGCACUCUUCCGCACGCUUGAACGCAUGUUCCCCAACAGGCCGAAUGAUGGUAAAACAGGUAAGCAAACGCCUAAUAAUCGUCAUCACUACGUGGUCACUUAUGAGGAUGGAGAUGGAGACUGGAUGUUGGUGGGUGAUGUGCCGUGGGAAGCUUUCAUCCGGUCGGUUAAGCGUCUCAAGAUACACAACUGAACAAGAAUUUGGGGCUUGUGCCCUUUCUCUAUGACCAUCAUUGUGCUUACUCUAUAGAUGGUUUUUAUUAUAUUUCCUAUGCAGUGUAAUUUAGGGCAGAACCAACAUAUUUCAUCAGCACUCUGCUUGUAAUCGUCAUUAUCGUCAGUGACUACAUUUUAGAUGUAUAAAACUACAGACUCUUGUAGGGUUUAUUUUGCUUGCUCGAUAUGUCAAAUUGACUUUUUAUGU